AUGGUCGUGGUCUCAUCAAGUGAAGCAGCUGAAGAAGUUCUUAAAACACAUGACCUAGAGUGUUGCACACGACCCUUCACUAUCGCCUCAAUGGUCUUCUCGCGUAAUGGUAAUGACAGUGGUUUUGUGGAAUACGGUGAGGCAUGGAGAGAGCUGCGUAAGCUUGCGGUCCGUGAGUUUUUCAGCGUGACUAAGGUUCGAUCUUUUAGGUAUAUUAGAGAGGAAGAGAGUGACUUGAUGGUCAAGCAAGUGAGAGAAUCGGCUUUGAAGCAAUCUCCGGUGGAUUUGAGCAAAACCCUUUUUUGCUUAACUGCGAGUAUCGUCUUCAGAACUGCCUUCGGACAGAGUUUCUUGGAGAACAAGCAUAUCGAUAAGGAAAGGAUCGAAGAACUGAUGCUUGAAGCUCAUAGUAAUAUGACUUUCAAUUUCACUAAUAUGUUCCCCACUGCUGGUCUUGGAUGGUUCAUAGACUUUGUGUUAGGGCAACAUAAGAGACUUCAUGAUGUUUUCACUGAGUUAAAGAAUUUCACACUAGAUCGUCCUGAUUUAGUCGAUUACCUCUUAGAAGUGGGUAUAUAUCUUGCUGGAGUAGAUACAAGCUCUAUCACCAUGAUUUGGACGAUGGCAGAGCUCGUUAGAAACCCUAGAGUGAUGGAAAAAAUGGUCAAUGCUUGGUCGAUAGGACGAGAUCCUAAACACUGGAAAGAUCCAGAGGAGUUUAUCCCGGAGAGGUUUAUCGAUUGUUCUGUGGAUUACAAAGAACAUAGCUUUGAGAUGUUACCAUUUGGUUCUGGAAGGAGGAUGUGCCCUGGAAUGGCUUCAGGGAUGGCUACCGUUGAACUGGGACUCUUGAAUUUGCUUUACUACUUUAAUUUGAUUGGAGAAUGUCUGAGAAAUGGACAUGGACAUGGAGGAAGCUGGUGUUCUUACUGUUGUUAA